AUGGUUCCGGCGGGACAGGACAUAGCUGUACAUAAUAUGAUCUGCCUCCUUCGAGAAUGGGAUAGAGCUACUAAAGAAAAACGUCGCAAAUUGUUGCAAGAUUUCAUUGCCCGGUACUGGAAUUGUAGCGGACCUGAAUUGGAGCUUGAUGUAGCUCAUAUGGCUAGCCUCUUUCUGGCACGGAUAUUUGUUUGGUUGAAAUUAACAGUGUCUUAA